UUUUGCGGAGAUGGUUACAAGUGCUGGAUCUUGAGUACUCAUGUGUGUGUGUGUGUGUGUGUGUGUGUGUGUGUGUGUGUGUGUGUGUGUGUGUGUGUGUGUGUCAUCCCCACCCCAGAUGGAGAUGUCUGCGGGUCCAGCGGAGGGCACGCAGAGGACUGGUACGGUGAAGAGGAAGAUGUGGGGGGGUCUGAGGCAGCAGUGGAAGCUACUGGGCCUGUUUGAGAUCGACCAGCAGCACGAUUUCUACAGCCUCACCUCUAUGAUGAAGGAAGGCCUCUCUGCAGCCGUGCAGAACACCAUCGACAACCCACCACCGGAUGAAUUGUCAGAAGAUGACUACAGAUUGGAGGUCACUCAAAUACAUAAGGCCUUCAGAAUGGAGACGUUUGCAGGGCCAGUGUUUGCUAGCUUGCGUCGCUCCCUGGGGAUGACGGAAAAGGAGUAUCAGCACUCUCUCUCCAACGACGGUUCCUACCUGCAGUUCAUCAGCAACUCCAAAAGCAAGGCCGACUUCUUUCUGACGAACGAUAAGCGGUUCUUUCUGAAGACCCAGAACAAGAGAGAGGUGCAAUUCCUCCUGUCCAACCUAAGAAUCUACAUGGAGCACCUAGAGAAGUAUCCUCAUUCACUGCUGGUCAAGUUCUUAGGUGUCCACAGGAUCAAAAUUCCACAUAGGAGGAAGAAGUACUUUAUUGUAAUGCAGAGUGUUUUUUACCCUGACGAUCGAAUCAAUGCCAGGUAUGACAUCAAGGGUUGUGAGGUGAGCCGGUGGACAGACCCAGCCCCAGAGGGAAGUCAGGUUAUCGUUGUCCUCAAGGACUUGAACUUCGAGGGCCAGUACAUCACUCUGGACCGGCACCGUCCGUGGCUGCUCCGGCAGGUGGAGAUAGACACGUCGUUCCUGCAGAGACUCAACGUGCUGGACUACAGCCUCCUGGUGGCCCAUCAGCCCCUGCACCACGAUGAACGCCACCAGGGCCUGUCCUUCGCCACCCUUAUCAUGCGCACUAAAAAGUCCUGGUCUUUCUUCAGGACAAAACCAAUGACUUCCAGGUCAGUGAUCACAUGCUCAAGCCCCACCCAUGCGGGCAUGCCCACUGUUCCAGGGGCGGUCCCAGAGGAAGAUUCCGCCCUGUUGGUAUCAGAGAUGGACGGCGGGACAGGAAGUUGCAGCGUUACUGAGUCACGGGUAGGAAGUGGCCUGGGCAGUGCCCCUUCCGGGAGACCCUGUACUGAGCAGCCGGUGGGAACGGUCACGGAUUGGAUGGAACUGCAACACUUCCAGGCCCAGAACCGCCGGCUGCUGCCCAACUUCAGAAACCCGCUGCAUGUCAUUGACGGACCGGAGCAUCGCUACUUUGUGGGCAUCAUCGACAUCUUCACUGUCUACAGCUUCAAGAAGAGGCUGGAGCAUUGGUGGAAGAGACUGCGGCACCCAGGGCAGGCCUUCUCCACCGUCAGCCCCCCCGCUUACUGCCAUAGGCUCUGCCAGUGGGUACAGGACCACACCAGGUAGACUCAGAAAGAAGGGAGGAUGAGGAUGGUUACUCCCACUAGCACGCUGUCUGCCCAGGGACACCCACGCACGCAAAUACACACACAAAGACUAGCAACUGUGACGCUGUUCAGAGACAUAAAGCUAUUCUUUUAAAGCACUGUAAUUUCAGAUUGACCAAGAGGCAGUUAUUUUCAUGUUUCCACAUGUCCAGACCAAAGCGAACAUAAACCAUUAUAUGGAAAUAUAUUAUUCACCACAGCGGAUAAAUGGGUUCUCCCUCUUCAUAUUCUUUUUUUUUUUAAGUAACAAAGAAAAAGGUGCAACAUUUAAAAUCUAGUGCUAUGAAUUGAUUAGCUUAUUUUCCAAAGUAUAAUAGUUUUUGAAUUGUUGAAGUUUAGUUCGUGAAUCAAUAAUGAAAACCAAAAUUAUUUUUCAAAUUUUCCAUCUGUUUAAAAAAAAUAUUUUUUUACUUUUGACUCCUAUGGAUUUUUUUUUCUCCUAAUUUAACUUUGACGUUUUGAUAAAUGUUGUAUAUUGUUGUAUGUUUUUUUUAAGUGCCUUUCUUACGCACUUCUCAGUAGUUGGUAUUCAGACUUACUUAUGCAGGUGCUUAACGGGCUUUGCAGUCGUAGUUCACUUGCGCGCGCGCGCGCUGAAUACAUACACCUUUAAAUACGGUGUACCUUUCAUUUUGACGACAUUCACUAGAAUGGGUUCAGAAUAUAAGGAUCAAUGAAUGAAACCCAUCUAAAGAUAUGCAUAAUCGUGUUCAUUUCAGGACCAACUAGUCGACCAACUAGUUUAUUUAGGCACAUUUUGGGUUAAGAAAGUAUGUAUGAAUCAUAAAAAAGUACAGGGUUUGGAGAGCUUUUACAGACUAAAUGCAUUCGGAAAGUAUUCUGACCCAUCGACUUUUUCUAUAUUUGGUACAUUACAGCCUUUUUCUAAAAUUGAUAAAACAAUCUACACACAAUACCCCAUCAAGGCGGCGGCGUAGCCUAGUGGUUAGAGUGUUGGACUCGCAAACGAAAGGUUGCAAGAUCAAAUCCCUGAGCUGACAAGGUACAAAUCUGUCGUUCUGCCCCUGAACAAGGUAGUUAUCCCACUGUUCCUAGGCCGUCUUUGAAAAUAAGAAUUUGUUCUUAACUGACUUGCCUAGUAAAAUAAUAAAUAAUGACAAAGCAAGAACAGGUUUUCAGACAUUUUUGCAAAAUGUCAACAAAAAACACCUGAAAUAUCACAUUUACAUAAGUAUUCAGACCUUUUACUCAAUACUUUGCUGAAGCUCCUUUGGCAGUGAUUACAGCCUCGACUUUUCUUGAGUAUGACGCUGCAAGUUUGGCACACAUGUAUUUGGGGAGUUUCUCCCAUUUGUUCUCUGUAGAUCAUCUCAAGCUCUGGAUGGGGAGUGUUGAGGCACAGCUAUUUUCAGGUCUCUCCAGAGAAGUCCGGGCUCUGGCUGGGCCAUUCAAGGACUUUCAGAGACUUGUCCCGAAGCCACUACAGCAUUGCCUUGGCUGUGUGCUUAGGGCCGUUGUCCUGUUGGAAGGGGAAACGUCACCACCAGUCUGAGGUCCUGAGCGCUCUGGAGCAGCUUUUCAUAAAGGAUCUCUUUACUUUGGUCCGUUCAUCUUUCCCUCCAUCCAGACUAGUCUCCCAGUCCCUGCCGUUGAAAAAUAUCCCGACAGCAUGAUGCUGCCACCACCAUGCUUCACCAUAGGGAUGGUGCCAGGUUUCCUCCAGACGUGACACCUGGCAUUCAGGCCACCGUUCCUAGUCCGUCAUUGAAAAUAAGAAUUUGUUCUUAACUGACUUGCCUAGUUAAAUAAAGAUUUUAAAAAAUCAAACUAAAGAUUGAUCAGCGAAAAUGUUAAUUUAAUCCAUUUUAGAAUAAGGCUUUAACAAAAUGUGGAAAAUGUCCAGGAGUCUGAAUACUUUCUGAAUGCACUGUAUAUUGAUGGAUAAAAAAAUACAGUGGUUUGAUUCAUCGUGAAAGUUUAAGUUCAACCCAUGAAAUAUUGGAAGGUGUAAAAACAAGGUGUUCAAUAGGGGUUGAACAAUAGUCCUAUAUAUCCAAACGAUCAUCACUAAUCGUGGAACUGUAUGACAAUGGUCCAGGCUACAGGUUUAACCUGCUACGAGUGGCCUGAGUUCCAUAAGGAUUCAAAUGUUCCAAAUUAUGGCACAGUGUUAGCCUAAUAUAAUCCACUAAUGCUAGCGACCCCCAGGACCAACUACACGGACGUGACAGAGGAAUGAAAGGUCAACGGAAUGGAAUGCUGCAAAAUGUAGGAAAUUGACAGUUAGAAAUGUUGUGGGUAUUAUGGAUGAUGGCUCCCAAUUGUGGCUAAUAUUUAACCCGAUACAAAUUGUAAACCAAAACGUAGAAAAGCGCGGGCAAAGAAUUAAAACUAGAAUCAUAAACCAAUUCGGUAGGUUGGGUGCUAUAAAAACCUAUACUAACGCCUGGGUCUCUAUACUUAAUUCCUGCAAGUUACAAGGCCAUCAUUUUAUAAACUUCACUAUGUGAAUGUUGAUAUGCUUCAGUUUGCUGCCAUGACUGGUCUCCCAUUUGUCUCCAGCCAUCAUAAUAAGAUAAUAUAGAUCUAAAACAAGUGUAAUUUAUAUUUACAAUCCCCUUAUCCAAAUGGUUAACUCAUUUACUUACCUCUGAUCAAUAGCUCUUAUCAAUUUCUAAAUUACAGUGCAUGGAGAAUGCUGUUAUUUCAUUCGCAAAAAGAAAGUAAAUGCUUUUUCCACUUGGAACAGGCAGGUUUGCUCGACCUUAUUCAUGGUUUCCUCCCGCAUAAAGGUGGUGAAAUUAUGAGUUGAGUUAAGUCAUGCUCAGAAUAUGGCGUAUCUGUAGACAUACCUCCUUCAUUUCUUAUAUCUGCACCCUGAACGAAUAGCGGGUGAAUAGCAUGCUAUUCUCAUGCUUAAGGGGAUACCUCGGGAUUAUCUAAUUGCCCCGAGUCAGAUGAACUCUGUGUCUAGUACGGAAGUUAGAGGUCAUUUUGUGAGCCAAAACUAACUAGUUUUAUUGCAAUGACUAGAAGUACAGUAUAUGGGUAUCUACUAGCAUGCUAGCAGAUACCUAUAGACUUCCAGUCAUUGCGCUAAUGCUAGUUAGCAAUUGCACUAGCGCUAGUUAGUAACUUCCUUCAAACUGCACCAUUGCCAAAAUACAGAAGUAUCCCUUUAAGUUCAAUGUCAGAAUACAUAUAGAGAGAAAAAUGCAAAUUGUUCCAUUUACGCGCGCAUAACUGUGGUCAGAAUUCCGCCCCCAAGUGAAUAUAUUCUCCUGAUACCACGGUGCAUGACUGUGGUUCUGCAGUAUAUUGUUUAUUUAUUUAUUCUUUAUGCAGUUAUGGCAAGGUCAGCAUAAAGGGGUAAUGUUUCAAAAUGCUGACAAACAGCUGUCAUUUUAUACGACUGCCUAGUGGCGCAGAGAGGCGUCACUACAGUCCCUGGUUUGAAUCCAGGCUCUAUCACAUCCGGCCGUGAUGGGAGUCACGGAGGGCGGCACAUAAUUGGCUCAGCGUUGUCCGGGUUUGACUGGGGUAGGCCAUCAUUGUAAGUAAGAAUUUGUUCUUAACUGACAUGCCUAGUUAAAUAAAAUAAAUAAAUACAAAUUGUUAUUCUGAUGGUUUUUACGUUUUAGCUUAUUUUUGACUUACCUGAACUUGGGACACCCUAGGUAAGUUGAAAAUAAGCUAAAACUUGUGAACUAUCCCUUUAAUAAGCUAAAACUUGUGAAUUAUCCCUUUAACGUUGUCUCAGCAGAGAUAUUACUUACACUGUCCAAUUUUACAGCAAAAUGCCGGCUACACACUUGGGGCCUCAAGUUCUUAGUAUUUGCUGUUGAAAAUAUAACCCAAAUGUGAUUUACACCUGCUCAGGUGCUCUCCAUUCUACACCGCACCUGGGACACCCAGUAUCAGUCAGGGAAAUAGGAUUUCGGAGGUUUUUCAAAUUGACUGGGUUAGAAUUGUUUUUCAAAGUAAGGCACUGUAUUUACAGGGUUUUAGUUGUCUCUGGAAAAAAAUAAUAAAUAACCUGAUUUAAGGACUGGGAUAUGUGGUGACCACAUGUUCACUAAUGUAGCC